AAACCCCUGUGACAACCCAGUUCCUGUUUCUCUGCCCCAGCGGGCCAAUGGCAGCACCCAGCUUUACAUGCUAGUAAACUAUGCCCAGCUAAACAGCACAAGCAAUGGGGCUUCUUCCAUCCACUGUCUGUCUCAGUGAUGCCAGAAUGUUGCUGCUUGCUGGGGCAGGCUGAUAAGGGUCACAUUCCAAGAUGCCAGUGCAGGCCACAGUGGACAGCUCUGGUCCCCUCAAGCCCAGCUGGCAGGCCACAUACCCACAACCCCUUCCCCCCAGAGCCCAGUCACAGCCCCCAGAGCCUAAAUUCCCUCUAAGCUGCAUGGCCACGCAGCUGCCUAUUAAGCCUCACACAGAGGCUCAAGGCUGUGAUGGGGAGAGAUGUCUCUCCCCCAGCGUGGACCUGCCCCGGACUUUCCGUGGCCAGGGGAGAGGUGGCCGUCUCCGCUAGGCCUAGAGUGACCAGACAGAGUGUGUGGUGGUGACUCUACCACUGAAGUUGCCUCAAUGGAUCCUGCUUCUGUCUCAUCCAGCAGCAGCUGCUCCAGUGCCUGGCUUCUUGUGCUGCUGGGGACGCUGGGGACAGCUCUGCUUGCGGCAGCUCACAGACUGGGGCUGAUCUACCAGCUCUGGCAUAAGGCAGAGCCGAAGAGUACCCGGCACGGUGGGGAGCUUGUUGCAGAGGUCUUGAAGGCCCAUGGGGUGCGUUAUUUGUUCACGCUGGUAGGAGGCCACAUCUCGCCCAUCCUGGUGGCCAGCGAGAAGUUGGGCAUCCGUGUGGUGGACACAAGACAUGAGGCCACAGCUGUGUUUGCUGCUGAUGCAGUCGCCAGGCUCUCAGGGACAGUUGGAGUCGCCGCGGUAACAGCAGGACCUGGGGUAACCAACACCGUGACGGCUGUAAAGAAUGCCCAGAUGGCUGAAUCCCCGGUGCUGCUGAUUGCAGGGGCAGCUGCAACACUGCAGAAGGGCCGGGGUGCUCUCCAGGACAUUGACCAGCUGGUCCUUUUCAAGCCACUCUGCAAGUUUUGUGCGUCAGUGAGGACUGUGCGGGACAUCGUCCCCACACUGCGAAGGGCCAUCGCAGCAGCACAGUCUGGCACCCCAGGCCCUGUGUUUGUGGAGUUCCCAAUCGAUGUGCUCUACCCAUACUACUUGGUGGAGAAGGAGCUGGGCGUCAAAGAGACCUCGCGGGGGCUGCUGGGUGGAGUCAUCAACUGGUACCUGGGCAACCACCUCAGGAACCUGUAUGCAGGGGCCUGGGAGACAAGGGACUUUUCCCCCCUUCCAGUGCAGGUGCCGCAGGCCACAGCGGAGCAGGUGCAACAGUGUGUGGAGCUGGUCAGCCGUGCCAAGAAGCCUGUUAUGCUCCUGGGCAGCCAGGUGACCCUGCCCCCGACGCCUGUGGAGAAGCUCAGGGAAGCCCUGGAGGCUCUCAGCAUCCCUUGCUUCCUGGGUGGGAUGGCCCGGGGCAUGCUGGGAAGGGACAGCCCACUACAUAUCCGCCAAAACCGCCGAGAGGUGCUGAAGGAGGCUGACCUGGUCAUUCUGGCAGGCACGGUGUGUGAUUUCCGUUUGUCCUAUGGCCGCGUGCUGAGCCAGCACAGCACAGUCAUUGCCAUCAACCGGGACCGUGCCCUGAUGCUGCGCAAUUCGGACAUCUUCUGGAAGCCCCGCAUGGCCAUCCAAGGAGAUGCUGGCUCCUUCCUCCUGAGCCUUUCCCAAGGCCUCAAGAGUUACUCACCACCUCAGGACUGGUCAACAAGUCUGAAGGAUGGCGACAAAAGGAAGGAGAAAGCAAACCGAGAGAAGUCAGAAGAGCCCACGGAGCAGCACCUGAACCCACUCAAGCUCCUACACCAUGUGGACAACCUGCUGCCCGAGAACAGCCUGCUGGUGUUAGACGGGGGCGACUUCGUGGGGAGCGCUGCCUACAUUGUGCGGCCCUGGGGGCCCCUGCACUGGCUGGACCCAGGAGCUUUUGGGACACUGGGUGUCGGAGGAGGAUUUGCUCUCGGCGCCAAACUCUGCCGGCCGGAUUCUGAGGUCUGGAUCCUCUACGGAGAUGGCUCCCUUGGCUACAGCAUCAUGGAGUUUGACACCUUCGUCCGUCACAAGACACCCAUCAUCGCGCUGGUGGGGAACGACGCCUGCUGGAGUCAGAUCUCCCGUGAGCAGGUCCCCUUGCUGGGCAGCAACGUGGCCUGCGGCCUGGCCUAUGUGGAUUACCACCUGGUGGCAGAAGGCUUGGGAGGGAAAGGUUUCCUACUCAGCCGCCAGGACGAAGCCUGCAUGGACAACAUCAUCCAGGCGGCACAGGAGGCCUGCAGGGAGGGACACCCCACCCUGAUCAACGCCCUGAUCGGCAAAACCAGCUUCCGGGAGGGAUCCAUCUCUGUGUAGGGCUGGAGCCAGGCCUGGCAGCGCUCCCUACCCAUGCCAGGGUGCAGCAGCCUGCCUUGGGCCCCCUACAGACACCUGCACAGUACUCCCUUCAGCGUUUAGUUGAUCAUCCUCCUCGUUCUGGCCCCAGAGACUGACACAGCCACCCCUACCAGGGACUGGGGUCCUAACCCAAGCUCCUCAAUGGGUAACCAGUGCCAGGCCACUGGCCAGUAGGGGUCAACCUGAAGAGAGCCCCAGGGCAACAGGGACAAGGAAGCUUCUCUCAGUUCAGCACUGGGCAGGUGCCUACUUCUGUGGCAGAUGGGUAUUGUGCUUUGGCAAGCUCCUGCCAGUAGUGAGAGCAGCUGCAGGGAUCUUGUUCUGGUGACAGGAGGGGGUCUUGCUUUCCAACUGGGCAACCUAGAGCUGGGCACUGCUGGAUUUCUGAGGGGUGGGGGUUGGGGGACUCGUUGCCCAGCUCUGCAAGCCAGGGCGGUAGGCUGGUGACUCUCUCUGGGGCAGGAGCCUGGCCUAGGCCUAAUGUUUGGACGAAGUGGAGCUGCUGAGCCCUGCUGAGAGCCUUGGUUGAGGGAAAUCUGGCAGGAUUCACUCCAGAUCCACCAGGGCUGUGAUUCCCCCAACACCCUACAAUGUGCUAUGAGGACAUCUCCCUGGCUGACCAGCCCAGGGACCCUGCUGCCCCAGAGCCCUGUCAUACAGAAAUGCAUUUCCUGAAUAGCUUUGGGCAAGGCCCGUCACCGCCAUGCUCUCCAGUCCCAUAGCCAGCACUGCCGCUUCCCUGUUGGGAUGCAGCCGCUGCCACACAUAGGAGCCUAGGGAGGGCCUGCAUAUUCAAAGGGCACAGGCAGGGCCAUGCGUGCUGCUGCUCCCAGCCCCAGGUGCCAAGCUCUCCAUUGCCAUAGUGUGAGGUGGCAUGGUCAUGCAGGAGGGGUGGUACGCGGUUCACGGGAUGUUAACAGAGCGAUUCCCUCUCUCUCUCCAAGCACAUGCACUCCACCCACAGGGUUUUCCCCAACAAUAAAGAGAAUGAUGGCCCCAGG